CCAUACUGACGUAGUGGCGUCAGUCACGUAACUAACGCGUCACGUAAUGUGACGUGUCACAGACUAUGUAACCAGGAAGAGCUAAACUUCAUCAUGCUAACAGCAGAUACCAACGAUGAAGACGUGUCUCUGUUUGAUGCCGAGGAGGAUGCAGGGAAAAGGUCAAAGAAGAAUAUCAAGCAUCCGGUGGCAUCCUUCUUCCACCUCUUCUUCAGAGUCAGCGCUACGCUCGUCUACCUGUUCUGUGAGCUCGUCAGUGGCAGUUUCAUCGCCUCCAUGGUCACGAUCAUCCUUCUGCUCUCCUGUGACUUCUGGACUGUAAAGAACAUCACAGGCAGGUUGAUGGUUGGUCUGCGGUGGUGGAAUCAGGUGGAUGACGACGGGCAAAGCCGCUGGGUGUUUGAGUCGCGGAAGGGUGCUGGGAAGCAGCAAACGUCAGAUUCAGAGUCCCGAAUCUUCUGGCUUGGACUGAUAGUUUGCCCGGUCAUCUGGGGAAUCUUCGCCUUUAGCACACUAUUUUCAUUUAAGGUUAAAUGGAUGCCUGUAGUGAUCAUGGGUUUGGUGCUGCAAGGAGCUAAUCUGUACGGAUAUGUGCGCUGUAAAGUGGGAGCAAAGACCAGCCUAAAGAACAUGGCCACUAAUUAUUUUGGCCGACAGUUCCUGAAACAGACCCUGUCUAAAGAAGAGGAAUCGUAGAGUUUUGCACGUCUGCAAUUUUCCUAAUAUCGUAGAAUAAGUGGAUACAGGGAUCUUUCCAACAUGGACUAAAGACAUUGGUUUUGUUUUGAAUUUAAUGUUCAAAUCCUCUGAGUUAUUUUCAUGUUUUAUUCAGAGGUUUUGGUUGCUGUUUUUCAAUAACUGAACCUGCGCAAUAAACACUCUUUACUAACACCUCAGACAUGAGUAACAAAAACCUGCAAUGUUAACCUGACUAGUUUGUGUUGUAGUCUCAUAAAUAUAUCUUUAGUUUGUGUUUUUGUUUCUUAUUUUUCAAUAAUUUAAUGCAACUUUAAGCAGUUUUUCAGAUGCUUUGUAAAGAAGUUUUCUUGCACAACAGGCUGUGUAAAGUAUUGCUUGUAAAUAUGUAAGUAAAACAAACUAUGAGGAAUAUCUUGUGGGCAAAUGCA